AUGAGCAUAUCUAAAAUGGUAUUUGAUCUUCAUGAUGAAUCUGCAUCAAGCUUGGUAAAAACGCAUCAAGGAGGCUACCCUUUGGACCAGCAGACACAGCUUCGAACGAGCAGUUCAUCACUAUCUCACAGACUACUUAUCAUCGCAAGAAUACUUCCCUGUGAUGAAGAUGAAGAAUACGACCUAAGUUUAGCUAUCGAAAUUUUAGGAGGACUUAGAGAAACGAUCAUUCCUGGCACACCUGAAGAUUAUGUGAAUAUCUACACUGGGUGCUGGGAUAAUGAGCCAGAUAAUCGUCCAUUAAUGAAUCAAGUAGUUGAUAAAUUAAAUGCAAUUAUAUCGAAAACAAACAUAAAAGAAAAUAAUCAAAUGAAUAAUUACGAAUCAAAUAACUUCGAAGCU